UUUUCGAAGUCAUCGUUUUCCUGGGAAAUUUUCUCCUAUUGUUUCUGGUCUACAAGCCGCCGGUGUUCAUCUUGAACCAAUCGACAAGGCCUAAUACCAUUUUGCAACAUCAUGGCUUACUGCAGAAGGGCGAAGCUUGCCUUUAAUACAUUGCGCCAGAGUUUCAGUUCAAUACCUAUUUUCAGAUCACAAAUCCGAGAUUCAUCUUCGAUAUUCUCCCAGAACCUCGGGUCUUCUUCGAUUUCAUCAAAAUUUUCUGGGUUCUCUUCAUAUUCUUUGUUCUCACCAAGACCAGGAAUUUCUAAUAACCAUUGUAACAAUCCCUUCCUUUACGGCGCAAAGAGAUUUUACUACGUCGAUCGAUACCAUGUUCAACAUUUCCGGCGACGGGGUCCGCAACGGUGGAUCAAGAAUCCAAGGAAUGCGUUGAUCGUCGUCUUGAUCGGUUCGGGUGUUCUAAUCACCGUGUAUUUCGGUAAUUUAGAAACUGUUCCUUAUACAAAGAGAAAACAUUUAGUGCUCUUGUCUAAAGAAAUGGAGAAGAAGAUGGGUGAGUCUCAAUUUGAGAAACUGAAAGCAGCUUACAAGGGAAAGAUUUUGCCUGCUGUACACCCUGAAAGCGUUCGAGUGAGGCUGAUAGCUAAAGAUAUUAUCGAUUCGUUGCAAAGAGGGUUGAGCCAUGAUCGGAUAGGUACUGAGUUGGAGUACGGAUCGCCGGAGAGUUCACUCGGAGAUGAAUUUGUACAUGAAAGGGUGACGGGAUUGAGUGCGACCUGGUCCGGUGAAGAUGAGAUUCUCAAUGAUAAAUGGGUUCAGAAAAGUAGGAAGAAAAACCAAGAGAGAGGAUCAUCACAGCCUACAACAUCUCAUUUGGCUGGAUUGAAUUGGGAAGUUCUGGUUAUUAAAGAGCCUGUUGUUAAUGCUAUGUGUUUGCCUGGUGGGAAAAUUGUGGUGUUUACAGGGUUGCUUGAGCAUUUUCGAAGUGAUCCCGAGAUAGCAACCAUAAUUGGACAUGAGGUUGGACAUGCGGUGGCUCGACAUAUCGCCGAAUCGAUUACGAAGAAUCUGUGGUUUUCCAUCCUACAAUUGAUACUUUAUCAGUUCAUUAUGCCUGAUUUGGCCAACACAAUGUCUGCACUUCUCUUGAGGCUCCCCUUCUCUCGGAGGAUGGAACUUGAAGCCGAUUACAUCGGGCUGUUGUUGCUCGCAUCUGCUGGCUACGAUCCUCGAGUUGCUCCGAAAGUGUUUGAGAAGUUAGGGAAGGUUGCAGGGGAUUCAGCAAUGCAAGAUUAUCUGUCCACGCAUCCUUCAGGAAGGAAAAGAGCUCAGUUGCUGGCUCAAGCUCAAGUGAUGGAAGAAGCACUCGUGAUUUAUCGGGAGGCUCGCGCCGGCCGAGGGGUUGAGGGCUUUCUUUAGGUGGCACCGUGAAGCUACUCCCAGUUUGCACUUGGAAGCCAGCCAGCCUGUGAAGUUCAUAAAUUUAUGAUAUCAUCAAUUGAAUUGGAUAUUUGUGCAUUUGGUGUUGAGUUUU